AUGGCGGCCGCGAACAGGUCGAAGAACGCGUACGAACUCGUGGUGCAGGACGACUUCCUCGUGGUGCUGCACCCGCUCGAGCCGCUGAGUCUGCACAUCUCCCGCUGCUCGCCCACCGAUGCAUCGCUCGGCCUGCGCGUGGAGCACGUGAAGGACUUCCAGCACGUGCACGGGCGCCGCAUGGUCUUUGACGCCAUCUACGGCGUCUUUUGGCUGCUGCGUGGCCCCUACUUGGCGGCGGUCACGCAGUCGAAGCUGGUGGCGAGAGGCGUCGAGGACGCGGAGAUCCGCGUGGUGCAGAAGCUCGAGCUGCUGCUCAUUCCCACGCAGCACCUGCCCGUGCUCACGCCGCUGCAAGAGCAGGACGAGCGCACGUUCAUUGACAUGCUCACGGGCGACAUUGAGGCUCAGCAGCUGCAUUUUUCUAGGGACUGUGACCUGACGCACACGUUGCAACGCGUCGCAUCGUUCGAUGGCAAGCGCCGCACGAUUGCUGAGCGUGCAGACGAGCGGUUCUUUUGGAACAAGGCGCUGUGCUCGGCGUUCAUGGAGCAAAAGCUGUUUGAGUGGGUGACUCCGAUGAUGCAGGCUCAUGUAGAGCUGACGGAACGACUUACCGUGCGCGACAAGUCGUUUCGGAUUCUGUACUUCUCGAGACGAUCGUGCAAGCGGCAGGGAAUGCGCUUCACGAUGCGUGGAAUCGAUGAUGAUGGCAAUGUCGCCAACUUCGUCGAGACGGAGCAGAUUUGUCUGUUUGAAGACGGUCGACAGACGUCGUUCGUGCAGAUUCGUGGCUCGAUUCCAGUGUUCUGGAGCUCCCCCGCCUCAAUGAAGUAUGCGCCCGAGGUCUACCAGGCAAUCGACAAGGACCGAGACGUCGCCGCCUUCCAGAAACACGCGUACGAGCUCAUGUCGCUUUAUGGCCGAGUGCUGUUUGUUAAUCUCAUUGACAAGAAGAAGGAACAGCUCAAGCUCGGCGAAGCCAUGGCAAAGACCGUUGCUGACGCUGCGACGAAAGACUCGCACAUUCUUGCGGCCGUGCGACUCGUGUGGUUCGACUUCCACCACGAGUGCCGUAACAUGAAAUGGAGCAAGCUCGAGAAACUAGUCAAGCAAGUCGACGACGACUUUUUGGAUCACGGAUUCUUUUGCAAGGGCGCAGAUGGCGUCGUGGUGCACAAACAGUCUGGCGUGGUGCGCACGAAUUGCAUGGACAAUCUGGAUCGCACGAAUGUCGUGCAGUCGCUCUUCGGACGACGUAGUUUGAUGCUCCAGCUGAAUGAGACCGAAGCGCUGCAAGGAAACGUGCUCAACUCGCCGUUUGAGGAGUUCGAGUGCACGUUCAAGCGCGUGUGGGGUAACAACGCCGACGCAAUCAGUCUGUUGUACGCCGGCACGAGUGCACUCAAGACGGACUUUACACGCACCGGCACACGCACCAAGAAGGGGGCGCUUCUGGAUGGCUACAACUCGUGCAUGCGCUACAUCAAGAACAAUUUCAUGGACGGCUACCGACAAGACGUCUUGGAUCUGCUGCUGGGACGCUACGUGGCCUCGCGCAGCAGACCAACGCCGUUUGGGGUCCAGGGCGAGAGCCUGGAGUCGGCGUUGACCAAGCUGCUGGGAGUCGUAGCUGUCUUCUUCCUUGUCGAGACGUACCGGUCCAGGGGCCAGAGCUACGCGUUCGAGCGGCUCAUCCGUUCCGUGUUGCUCACGCUGCUCAUCUGCGCGGGCGUGUUCAGUGUGCUGGUCAAGAAGGGCAACUCGCUGGGCAAGAAGCUCGUGCGGCUGCCGAGUUUGUGCCCCCAGGAGGGCUGCAUGACUACGUGGAAGCGCUAG